GUGCGGGCGCGGGUGCGGCGCGGUGCGGCGGGGCCGGGGCUGCGGGCUGCGGGCUGUACUCGGGCCCGCGGCGGGGCGGCCGUGCGUGCGCGUGUGUGGCGGGCGCGCCAUGGACUUCAACAUGAAGAAGCUGGCGUCGGACGCGGGCAUCUUCUUCACUCGCGCGGUGCAGUUCACGGAGGAGAAGUUCGGCCAGGCUGAGAAGACUGAGCUCGAUGCCCACUUUGAAACGCUCCUGGCACGGGCGGACAGCACCAAGAACUGGACUGAGCGCAUCUUGCGGCAGACAGAGGUGCUGCUGCAGCCCAACCCCAGUGCCCGCGUGGAGGAGUUCCUGUAUGAGAAACUGGACAGGAAGGUGCCCUCCAGGGUCACCAAUGGGGAGCUGCUGGCCCAAUACAUGGCUGAGGCGGCCAGCGAGCUGGGGGCUACCACACCCUAUGGGAAGACGCUGCUCAAGGUGUCGGAGGCUGAGAAGCGCCUGGGGGCCGCCGAGAGGGACUUCAUCCACACAGCCUCUGUCAGCUUCCUCACGCCCCUGCGCAACUUCCUGGAAGGGGACUGGAAGACAAUUUCGAAGGAGAGGCGGCUCCUCCAGAACCGCCGUCUGGACCUGGAUGCCUGCAAAGCGCGGCUGAAGAAGGCCAAGGCCGCAGAAGCCAAGGCCACGUGUGAGGGAGAUACGGUGCCUGACUUUCAGGAGACUAGACCUCGUAAUUACAUUCUCUCGGCCAGCGCCUCCGCGGCCGAGUGGAAGGAGAAACAUCCAGGAGGGUGGAGAUCACCCUGUUUUUUUCUUUUGCCACUGAGCCCCAGUGUGACUCAGGCCCGAGGCUGCCUUUCUCUGCUGGAGGACAGAAAGCUUUGGAAUGACGAGGUAGACAAGGCUGAGCAGGAGCUCCGUGUGGCCCAGACAGAGUUUGACCGGCAGGCCGAGGUGACCCGUCUCCUGUUGGAGGGCAUCAGCAGCACCCACGUGAAUCACCUGCGCUGCCUCCACGAGUUUGUCAAGUCUCAGACGACCUACUACGCACAAUGCUACCGCCACAUGCUGGACCUGCAGAAGCAGCUGGGCAGCUCCCAGGGCGCCAUAUUCCCAGGCACGUUUGUGGGCACCACGGAGCCCGCCUCCCCACCCCUGAGCACCACCUCACCCACCACUGCUGCAGCCACCAUGCCGGUGGUGCCCACAGUAGCCGGCCUGGCUGCCCCAGGAGAGGCUGCACUCUGCCUGGAGGAGGUUGCACCCCCAGCUAGUGGAACCCGAAAGGCCCGGGUGCUCUAUGACUACGAGGCAGCUGACAGCAGUGAGCUGGCCCUGCUGGCCGAUGAGCUCAUCACCGUCUACAGCCUGCCUGGCAUGGACCCGGACUGGCUCAUUGGCGAGAGAGGCAACAAGAAGGGGAAGGUGCCUGUCACCUACUUGGAACUGCUCAGCUAAGCAGGCCAAGGCCCUGCCACUAUCUUGUGUUGGUGACAGAUUCCCACGCGGGGGGACUAGCCCCAUUCCACUGUACCCUGUCCUCCAGUGGUCAGGGUGCCUGACGGGCCGCAGGCCCCAGCCCUUCCACCAGUCCUGCUUUUGACCUGUGAUUUGGAGCCUGGCCUGCUGCACCCCUGCACACCCCAGCCCUCCUGGCCCUGGGAGGGAGGGAUGCAGUGCUGGCACCCAGGCGGGCCUAGGAUCUCAGGGCGCACUUGACAAGAAGAGAACACCUGCCUUUUAGCUGCCGGAGCCCAAAGGACAGCAGCAAAGCUGGCGGGGCCACAGUGGUUUGGGGCUAGGUGCUGUCCUGGGGGGCGGCAGCCUGGCAGGAAUCAGCCUGGCCCUGGAGCAGUGCCUGCCUGGUGCUACCUCCCCCCUGCUCAGCUCCCAGAUCGAGCUGUGCCGGCUGCAGCCCCCACCUCAAUACUCACUUUUUAACUGUCUUUAUACUCCUGCCUGUCUGCUUGCUCUGGCCAAUGGCAAACAAUAAACUCUCCUUUUUGUGCUCUA